UAAAUGCGGCUGCCGUGAGAAGGCAACACAGUCCCCUCUCGACAGCUGCGGCGCAGUUCAUAUCCCGGACCCUGCAGCCGUCAUCGCCGGCCCUACAGCUGCCAGGCGCUGCUUGCUCGUUACAGACUGCUGAUGGCGCUGCUCCUGGACUCGUGGGUCGCCGAGUUGGUCGUCGUCUUACCGGCGGCCGUGCUCGCCCUCUACUUGUGGUUCUCCAGUGCCUAUAGUUACUGGAAGAGCAAGGGGGUGCCGUACGCCGAACCUACCGCCCCGUUUGGAAACUUCCGGAGAACCUUUCUAGGCCAGGAACCUGUCGGCGUCACACUGCUGAAGAUACACAACCAACUGCCAAGAGAGAGGUAUGUUGGGUUUUACGGAUUCCGUCGCCCACUUCUGCUUGUCCGGGACCCUGAGCUGAUUCGCCACAUCCUUGUCAAGGAUUUCGGGACAUUCCACGACAGAGGACUUUUCAUCGAUGACGAAGAACCUCUGAACAAACAUCUUUUUGCGUUGGGAGGAAAGAAGUGGCGCCAGCUGAGGAUCAAGUUAAGCCCUACGUUCACAUCCGGCAAACUGAAGGGCAUGUUCAAGAGCAGCAUAUAG